UAGCGCCACAAGUGACUGAACAUUAAUCAUAGUAAUAACUAUAGGUAGUAAAUAGAUGCUACCACACCCGUGAAAUAGUAUAAAAUUCAAUAUAAAAAGUCCUGUAAAUUGUCAAUAAUCAUAAAAAUGAUAAAGAGUCAAAGGCAAUAUUGUUUUAUAAUCGAAAAGAACAAAGAUUAGUGCAUAAUUAACCCCAUUUCUUCGUUUUGAAUAUGAUGUCACCAUUCAUUUAUUGAUUCAGAUAUAAACUAUUCUGAAAGAAUGUUACAUUAAUAUACGGUUGUAAUUAAUGAUAUAAAUAAAAAUUGAAUUAUAAAGAUUGUCUUUAUAGUACAUUAUAUAUAAUGAUAAUAUUAUUUCUACUUCUUCAUUUCUGUGAUCAUGUACUUAGUCAAAAAUACGAGGGUUGCUUUCAAAGUUCCGCGUCGGAUCCUGAUUUAUCAGUCCUGAUAUUAAAUCAUGCUAAUGCACCAGUAGAAUGUAUUAAAGAAUGUCGUUCACGUUACUACAUGUUUGCCGGAUUAAUGAAUGGUCAACAAUGCUUUUGUGGCAGUAGUUAUGGUAGAAAAGGUGUGUCUAACUCUUGCACUUUCCAUUGUAUUACUGAUCAAAACAGCUAUUGUGGUAGCCAAGAUGCAAUAAGUAUUUAUUCAACUGGACAAACAGGUCCUAGUCCACCAAGAAGUGUACAAAUAAUUCACAGUGGAUUUAAUAAUUUUCAAAUUACAUGGGAACCACCUGAUAUUAGCAAUGGAAACAUUACAUCUUAUACUUUAAAAGCAGUCGUUGUUAAAACAUUUGCUUCAAAUCUAUUACCAGCCAUAGAAAGUCAGAUCCAAGGAGGAGCUUCAAAUAAUACUAUAUUACAAGGCUUACAACCUGGCACAAAGUAUAAUGUAUCAAUCAUUGCUACAAAUACUCAUGCAGAGAGUGAACCUACAUAUGUUUCGGGAUGGACUUUGAUAGGGCCACCUAAUAAGCCAAUAAUGCCAAAAGUAAUAGAACAAACACAUACCACAGUGACUGUUUUAUUAUUAGAGGGAAGUAGUGAAUAUGGUCCUGUUAGUGCCUAUCAAAUAUUUGUUUCUCAAUCUGGUAUAAUACCACCAUCAGGUCCUAACGUAAGUUACUACAAUUAUGAAACAUCAAUGCAACAAGGUCUGGGAUAUUAUAUUACUGGAGAGUUUGAAUCUUCAGAAUUUUACAAAUAUAUGAAAUUUACAGUAGGUGAUGGAAAAAUGAUUGGUGCAUAUUAUAAUGCACCAUUAAAUACUCAAAUAAUGCCACAAAUAGGUCUAACAGUAAUUUCUAAAUUUCAACGACAAGUUCAGUAUGCUUACUCAGAUCUAAUCAACAAGCUAACAAAUUAUAAUGAAAAUAGGAAUGAAAAUGUGAAUUCAAUGACAAUCAUACUUUGUGUUGCAAUUGGUCUUUUAGGAACAUUACUUGUAGCUUCAAUAGUACUUUAUUUUAUAUUGCGACAACGCCAUAAAAAAUUUCGGAUGAGGAAACUUCCAGAGCAACAAGAACUUACUUUACAAGGUCCAUUGUAUGAAGUUGAUAAUUUAGCGUACAUUCCAGAGGAUGUACCUGAAAGGAUAAAUCAUUAUCAAGAACUGAAAAAAAAGGUGUGGAUUAUACCACAAAGUUCAUUGACAAUCAAUGAUACUAUAAUACGCAGAGGAAGAUUUGGUACAGUACACACAGGUGUUAUUCAAAAAAAUGAUAAACCUUGUGCUGUAACUAUUCAUAGCAUAGCUGACAAAUUAUUGAAAAUAUCUGACAAAAGACAUAUGUUACGAGAAUUAGAUAUUUGUAUUAAAGCAUCACCUAUGAAAUAUCUUGCAGAUCUUGUAGGAACAUGUGAAACUCAUGAUACAUUAUACGUUGUACUUGAAUUGCCACCUCAGACAUUAAAAAAUUGUUUAUUAGCUGCCAGAUCUGGAAAUAUAUUUCCUGUUGAACAAAUUCUGCCUAUAGGAUCUAUGAUAGCAUCUGCUUUGCAACAUCUUGAAAAUUAUAAAAUUGUUCAUGAAUAUCUCUGUGCACGUAGUGUAGGUAUUUCAACUGAAUGGACACCUAAAUUGAUGGGUCAUGGAAUAUCCAAAUAUGCUUUAGAGGAUAUAAAAUAUAUUCGAUGGACAUCUAUUGAGUGUCUUGGUAACAAAAGGAAACACCAACCAGCAGUUGUUUGGGCUUUUGGUGUAUUUUUGUGGGAAAUGCUUAGUAUGGGUGGUACACCAUAUUCUAAUCUUUCACUUGAUAGUGAAGUGGAAGAAGCAAUUGAACAAGGAGUUAGAUUACCACAAUUACCAGAUACUCCUGAUCCAUUAUAUGAAGUUAUGCUAUCUUGUUGGAAUGUAGAAAGUCAGGAGAGACCAACAUUUGCAGAAUUGAUAAGAUUGGAAACCUUAAGUAUUUGUCCAGUCACUGCAAUCACAGAACCAUAUAUUCCAGAAUUAGAAUUAAAUUAAUAUCAUUACUAAACGAGUGUUCAUAUUCUUGCAUUUACGUGAUAUUAUGUAUUGUAUAUAAUAAUCUGUUAAAUAUCUUUAAAAAUCUAUUUUUAUGUACUCUGCAGUUACCGUUACACAUAAUUUACAUAUGCAAG